AUGUUCCAAUUAAAUAUUCUUAGAAGUUUUAUAAUUAUGAAUCAAGAUAACGAAUCAAAGAAAAAUCAGUUUAAUCCCGAUGAUUUUGAAAUUGUAGCUUUAGAUGAUAUUGAAAAAGGAAAUAUUGAUUUAGCGGAAGUUCUUAAAAGGAAUGGACAUUUUGAUGAGAAUGAUGAAAAUAUAGAAGAAGCUGAGUGUGAGUAUAUUGAAGAUGAAGAAGGUGAUACUGUAGUUGAUGAAGCAAUAGGACACCUAAUUGGUCAUGAGAAGGAUGUUUUUUCAAUUGAUCUUCUUGACGGAAGGUAUCUUGUUUGUGGAUCAGAAGAUGACUCUGCUUCUGUUUGGGAUUUAACACAAGAUCUUAAAAAAGCUGCAUUUGUAAUUUCAUCUCAUAAAGAUUCUGUGACGCAAGUUAGAUUUAGUGCAUCAAAAAGACUUCUUGCUACUGCUGACAUGUCAGGAACCAUUAUUAUUACUGAUUUACAAUAUCAAUCAACAAUUUGUUCUUUGGAAGAAAUUACAGAUUUAGAAUGGAUUGUUUGGCAUCCAACUGCUGAUAUAUUAUUUGCAGGUGGUGGUGAAGGAGUUAUAUGGAUGUGGUUGAUAAGUAAAACCGGUGUUGCACAAGCUAAAUGUUAUUUAGGACGUGGUUCUACAUGUACUGUUGGUAAACUUUUACCAGAUGGUAAAAAAUUAUUAGCUGGUUAUGAAGAUGGUACUGUUCGUAUCUGGAAUUUAAAAGAUUCUACUUAUACUGAAAAUGUAUUUGAAGACCCAAUUACAACAUGUGACAUACAUUCUACUUCUCCUAUUGGAGCUGUUGGCACUGAAGGGGGAAAAGUUUUUGUAAUUAAUCUUGAUAAUAAAAAAAUUCUUAAAACAUUUAACUUUUCAAAGAAAGAUAAACAACAAGAUGAAGAUGAUAACUCUAUAGAAGAUGUAAAAUUCCAUCCAAAACAAACAUGGCUUGCUGUAGGAGUAAAUAAUGGUCAAGUAUCAUUGUAUGACUGUGGUAGUGGUAUGGCUCGCUUUGAAUUCAAAGGUGAUGAGGCACCGAUUGUAAAGAUUACAUGGUUUACGUUAUCGUCAGGUACUAUUGUGCUAGUAGGUGCAAAUAUUGAUGGUGUUAUCAGAAUUUGGGAAGGUAAAAGUGGUGAUUUGUACAAAUCUAUAAGUGGAGGAGGCGCAGAGAUAUACGAUUUUGUUGUUGAUGGCGAUGAAAGGAGUGUAAAAAUAUUCAGUGCAUGUGCAGAAGGUGUAUUAUAUUAUGAGAAACUCAAUAACCAUAUAAAGAUUAUAACUAUGACGUAUGUUAUGUAUAGGACUACCACCUUAGGUGUGGCACUUCAGCAGACACUUGAUGAUAUGGUGACGAGUGAACAAAUAAACAAGAAAUUGGCAGAAAAAGUUUUGUCUACAUUUGAUUCUUGUAUAAAUAAUGCCUUGUCAACAAAGACAAAAAAUAAGACAACGUUUAAAGCUGAAAAACUUCGGGCAUAUAGAUUUUGUGAUAACGUUUGGACAUUUGUAAUGGAUAAUGCUGAAUUUAAAGAUAACAUACGCUCUGUUGAAGGCAAAGUUGAGCGGGUGAAGUUUGUUGCUUGUGAAGCAAGUGGAUCCAAAAACAAAAAUACACAUCAAUAA